AUGCAAGAGGUUUCUACUUCUGACAAAAAUGAAGCAUCGACUUCAGAUUCAGCUAAGAAACAUACCGAAGUUACAGAACAUGACCUGAGCCAACCAAGUGAUACGUCUGAACAAAAGCUUAAAAACAGUGAAGAAGAAGAAGCAGUCGAAAAAGGAAAUGAAUCAGAAAGUGCAACAGAACCAGAGAAAGAAGAACAUUUAGAAGAAGAAGAAGAAGAAGAAGAAGAAGAAGGAGAAGAAGAAGAAGAAGUUGAAAAAAAAGAUGAUGAAAUGGAAAAAGAAAACUUUGACACUCAGCAAGAAGACAUUGAAGUGAUGGACUCAAAAGAAAGUUCUCCUGUUAAUACUCCUGUUAAUACACUUCCUGAAAACAGUGAAGUUCCAGAAGUGAAACAUAUUAAGGAGGAACAUAUCGAAGAGGUUCCAGUAAGUGAACUUGAUGUAACAAAUGAUCAUAUCGAAGAAGCCCCUAUUACCGACAGAACAGAUCAAGAAGCUUUAUCUUCUGAAACUGAGGUCGAAACAAAACAAGAUAGCUCCAAGUCGAUGUCACCAGAUUCGGACUCAAACAGUAAAACACUUGGUAGCUCGACACCUCAAGAUGAGAAACACAACUAUGACGAAGACGAUGUUUCUCUGACAAGUAUUCAGCCAAAAGAACAAGAUGCCAUACCAUUGGACCUCGGAAAAGAAAGCAAAUUGCCAAUUGAAUUGGAGAAUGAAGAACAUUCCGAUGUUGAGGAGCAUAUACCUGUUUCCAUUAAUAACUCUGGUGCUACAGAAGUUACGGAGAUUGGUGAGUCCGACGUAGAAGAUACUACAAUGGAAGAGAGAGCUGAGGAUACAAAGCUUAACAGCUCUGCAGUGCAAGAUGUUCUAAAAGAAGACCCUUCUUCGUUGCCUAAUAAUUCUGAUGGAAACAAACACACCGAAAAACUAGCGGAAGACGAAGAAAAGGACGAUGAUACUAAGGAAGCUUCUACGGACAAUAUUGACGGUCAAGAAGAAGCGCAAACGGAAAUAGAUUCUGUAGCUUCGAAUACUUUGGACAAAUCAGAUAACAUUGAAUCAGCUGAUGUAGAUCCAAAUCUAGUCAGAUCAGAUGAUGCUAGUAUCCACUAUAACGAAGAAUCGGCGACUAAAGGGAGUGUAGAACACAGUGAAGAUGUCGAAGUUUUAGAGGAAAAAAUAUCCCAAAAGGAUUUACCCACAGACGAAAUUGAAGGUGGUAAACGGAAAAGCGCUCAGGACGUUGCAGAAGAUAUAGACUCGUUUUUGAACGAGCUAAAGUCUGAAUUAGAGAACGAAGAUUUGGAAGCUCACAUAGAAAACGCUGCAAAGAAUGAACCGGUCUAUAUCUUUACAUCUUUAGCUGGAGGUGGUAUCCACAUGCCAAGGAGAACAAAUAGAUUGGCUACCAUACUAACCGCCAAUGAGAUCGAGUUUUCUUACAGAGAUUGUGGUACUGAUGCGGAGGCUCGGUCAAUUUGGAAAGCACACAGUGCUGGAAGAUUGCUACCCGGUGUAGUUAGAGGUACCACAUUGAUUGGAAAUUGGAAGGAGAUCGAUGAUGCUAAUGAGGAAUAUCGACUUUACGAGAUGAUAUACAAUUCGCUGUAA